AUGGCGUUACCAUUUUUACCUGGCAACACAUUCGAACGAAAAAUUGGCAAAGAUAAAUUUCAUUUAGCACAUCAAUUUGAUAAAUACAAUGGGGUCGCCAUGCAAACAGGUACUCAAUUGGGUGUUGGUGGUGUACCAUUACCAGGAGAAGAUCUUCGACCAAAAAAUUCUGUUUAUCCCCGAGGCGAAGGACCUGAUCGACCAGCUUGGCUUGCUUUUGAUAAACAAGUUCUUUGUUUUGAUGCUUAUUUUCAAGAAUCAAUAACUGAACGUCCACAAGAACAAUAUCGUAUUCGAAAAUGUCGAGUUUAUUUUUAUCCAGAAGAUGAUACAGUUCAAGUUGUCGAACAACGUCAAAAUAACGUUGGUUAUCCACAAGGUACAAUUCUUAAACGUCAUCGUAUACCAUUAUCAGCACCAAAUGAUGAUCGUUUUUAUACCUAUGAUCAAUUUAAUGUUGGAUCGGAAGUAUCAUUUUAUGGACGUAUAUACAAAUUAAUUGAUUGUGAUGCUUUUACACGAAACUUUUUAACUAAACUUGGUGUACGAGUACCACCAGGUUUUUCGGCACCGGAAGAUCCAUUUCUUAAACAUCGUCAAGUAGCCGAAGGUACUCAAAAUCCACUUCGACCAUAUGAAAGAAUUGAUACAUUAAAACAAUUUAUCAAUCAUGAUACACAUGUAUUACGUUUUUGGGGUGUCUGGGAUGAUUCAGAAAGUUUAUAUGGUGAUGUACGAAAUUUUUGUGUACAUUAUUUUCUUUCUGAUGAUACCAUGGAAAUUCGUGAAAUUCUUCCACCAAAUUCUGGACGUGAUGCACCACCAACAUUUCUUGCUCGAAAGAAAUUACCAAAACAUUUUGAAGGAUUACCGUUACCAGGUGAAACUGCCCCACGUACAGUACUUAAUGUCUUUGGACAAUUAAAUAAACAACGUUAUAUUCUUGAUAAUCUUAAAACAGGUGCACUUGAUCAAAAAUAUUAUACUGAUCAAGAUUUAGCUAUUGGACAAUUGAUUAAUGUUUUUGGACGUAAAGUUUUAUUAACAGAUGUUGAUGAAUUUACAAAGAAUUACUAUCGUACUAAAUAUGGUAUACAAGAUUUUACACCAAUUAAUUAUAAUAAAGGAAACAAUUAUCAACAAUUGAAACAAACUCAUCCAUAUACGGGUUUUGGAUCAGAAGAAGAUUCAUUAAAUUCAACAAAAAAACUUCUUCCCGAUCCAGUCAAGAAAGAUUUUAAUAAAUUUAUGGGCUUUGAUCGUCAAGCACUUCAAAGCUAUGUACUUCGUUUCAUGGCCAAAGUAAUGACCAAAGAUCCAAUACAAGCUCAACGACGUUUUAUUAUAUCAUAUUUUCUAGCUGAUGAUACAAUUAGUAUUCAUGAACCACCAAAAAGAAAUUCAGGUAUUGAUGGUGGAAAAUUUCUUGAACGUCAAAGAGUAAAAAAACCAAAUCAAUCACCAUAUCCAAUUGAAGUAUCGGAAUAUUUUGGUGCAAAAGAUUUUUAUGUUGGAGCUCGUGUUUUAAUUAAUUCAUUUGAUUUUAAUUUAUAUGAUGCUGAUGAAUAUGCAUUCAAAACUAUGGAAACUGAAUCCUAUCUUUUUCCAGUUGCAAAUCAAAAGUUAAUUGUAGAAAAAUUACGAUCAAUUCUAUCAAAUAAUCCUGAUGCUGCUGCUCAAUUUGGACAACAUGAUCCACAACAUAAAGGUUAUUUUGGUUAUGAAACAUUUUAUUAUUUAAUGAAAAAUCUUGUUGGAAAUCAAUUGGUUGAUCAUGAAAUAAUAACACUUGCACGAUAUUAUUCGGAGAAAAGCAGUAAAGAUCAUGAUAUUUUUUCAAUUGUUGGUGUUGCUCAAGAACAUUUGAGAAAAAAUAAUUAUGAACAUUUCUUACCAUUAAAAGAAAAUUUUAUUUCACGUGAUCGAAGUGGAAAUGGUCGAUUACCUGCUCAAGAAGUUCGUAUUGCUAUACGUUCCGUUCAUGUUCCUAUACCUGAUUAUCUUUUAAAUAUAAUCAUUACUCGUAUGACUCAAAAUGAUGGUACUAUUGAAUAUAAUGAUGUACUUGAUGCAUUCAAUUGGCGUCAAAUGCCUGUUGCAAAACCUGCACCAUCUAGUGAACUUGAACCAGUUGAAUCUGCUCCAGCACAUACAGAUGAUCCAAGAAUGUUAGAUCAAACAACACAUGAACGUAAAAAAUUUAAUGUUCAAUAUGCACUUAUGCUCAAUGAUCUUGGUUUAAGCAAUUCAUAUACAUCAUCAACAUGUGGUUCAUGUGAUAAUUGUGAUGAAUGUAAAAAAUAA